CUCUCUCUAAGAAUGUUUCUCCAUAGUCCCAGUAUAUAGGUCGGUUUGUAUACGGUGUUUAUUACUUCAUUAGGAAAACCAUUGACAAUCGCUAGGGCUGGGUAUCAUUCUAUCUGGAAUUUGUUCUCUCAGAACUUCAAUUUCUCGUUGACGAAGGGAUUAUAGCAGCUAUAAAAUGCAGGGAGGCAGAGGAGGCAGGGAUCCUUUCUCUGGUUCUGGCGAUCCUUUUGCUGCCUUAAGGGGUUUUAGUGGAUUUGGUGGUCAAAGGAGUUUAUUAUCUAGUUUUUUGGGAGGAAGGGAUCCAUUUGAUGAUACUUUCUUUACACGCCCAUUUGGAAGUAUGUUUGAGUCAAACAUCUUUGGUCCUAGUGGAAGUCCUUUUGGUCCUAGUGGAAGCCCUUUUGGUCCUAGUGGAAGUCCUUUUGGUCCUAGUGGAAGUCCUUUUGCAGACUCCCGUGCAUCUGGAUUCCUUGAACAUCAAGGCCCCCAGACCAGUACAUCUAGGGGACCAAUAAUUGAGGAAUUGGACUCUGAUGGUGAAAAAGAUGAAGAAGGUAAGGAGGAGAAUAAAGAUAAUCCUCGAAAGCAUGGGAGGUCAAGCAAAGAUCCUUAUUAUGUUGAGGAUCCGGAUGAUGCAGGUGAAGAGAGGAAGAGCAAGCAAAUGCAGCACAGGAAUGACUUCAACAGGCUGAACAAUGCACGCUCACAGCCCCAAACUCAUACCUUCACCUUUCAGAGCUCUACUGUUACUUAUGGUGGAGCCAAUGGGGCAAAUUACACCUCAUCUAAAACGAGGAGAAUAGCAAGUGAUGGAUUAACAUUUGAAGAAAGAAAGGAAGCUGAUACAGCUUCUGGUCAAGCAACUCAUAACAUCUCUAGGGGAAUUUAUGAUAAGGGCCAUUCUGUUACAAGAAAGCUUAAUUCAGAUGGUAGGGUGGACACAAUGCAAAUGUUGCACAAUCUUAACGAAGAUGAGUUGGGUGGAUUUGAAGAUGCUUGGAAUCGAAAAGCUAGAAAGCAUCUACCUGGUUGGACCGAGGGGGCCAAUGUUAUAACUGGUUCUGAUGGCAAUGAACACGAUGCAGUUGCAAGAAGGGGUGGUUGGGCUCUUCCUUCAACCGAGCGAGCUCAACACUCGGGGAUUAUGAAACCAGAUGUUGGACAAACAGUAGGCUCCUCUCGUUCAAAACAGUCUGGGAAGAUGAAAGCAGAUACUAGAGUUAGGAAAGGUUCUUCUUCAGUGAGGGCCGGAGCUGCUAAUGGUAUCAACAUGGAUCAAGUUAGCAGGCAUUAAAGAGCUGCUGCUAUUGCUAUGAUUCUCGUUUGUCGACGGACUCUAGUUCUAAAGAAGCAGUUUUUAUAUCUGAUGUCAUUGUACUCUAGGGUGGACAUUUUAUAUUCCAUACACCAUGGUAGCAUAUAUUCAUCAGCUGAACUAGUCGUUCUUCUUGUUGGCAUAUUAAAUAAUUGUAGUCGGUCUCUUUGAAUGUGUACUUUUCGUGUUUGUUCGAGUAAGAAAUCAAUUAAGUUGGUUGAGAA